UAGAUUUCACUGCUUCACUUCACUGGCUAUUUUGAGUGGGGUCAACCUUUACAGUGGCAGCUGCACCACACUAGCCUGUGAGUGUCAGAUUUUAUAAGCUAAGAAGUGUAGGGCCUGGUUGGGAGCUCUCCAAGUGAAAUCCAGGUGCUGCUGGAAGCAUGGUGGUGGUGAUCCAGUUGGUGGUACUCUUCCUUCCGGAGCGGGUGCUAAUCAUUGCAGUCCUACCUGAGCUCUAAACUGAGUUGUUGCUUUCUGACUACAUUCCACCCACUGGAGUUUCAUAGGAAAAGUUAUUUCUUAUCCUAAAAACUACUGGGUGUUGUGUGGAUGGUUCAGAAUGUCUGCCACACUGCGCUUCGGGGGAAGUACAAAAUUCGGUUUUUAAAAAGGCAGAAACCUGUAAGCUAAUUCUUUUAGAAAUCUGGUUAUUCUCUAUACAUCUGCCAGACAUGUCCUCUUCCCAUCACUUUAUGUUUACUAGCAAGGAUAUUUACAAUCUUGUCCAUUUCUGACUUUCCCUGCAAACAGUAGAAUUAACUGAGUAUUAAUUUCCACCAUUCUGUCCAUUUGAUAAACUCUCCAUACUUUAGCUAUGGUAGUUCAGCUUUUCAAGAGUUAAACCAACGUAUUAAGAUGCAACUUUGUGCUUGAAUAAGGUCAUAUAUGCAGCACCUUUUGACACGGGCCCCUCACUGGCUGCCUGCCAAAUUAAGGCUCAAGAGUCUAGGUUUGUUUUUUUUUUAAUUAUUAUUUCUCUUGAAUCACACUAUUAAAACCAUACCUUGCCAUGCUGAGUGUAAUGCAAUGUGUUUUAUCUUCACAGAGUUAAAAUAUCUAGUAUAACUUGGAAACCUGCAGUGGAAUAGUAAGCUUUUCUAUUUUCUUUUGGUCAGGAACAGAGACUGUUUAAGCUGAUAAUAGCCAUAUUCAAAACUUAGACCCAGAUGUCUUCAAAGUCCAAAUCAUACUUCAGUGUUUUUCAUUUUGGAACAGGCUGAGAGAAAGCAGAAUCAAAAUGAAGAAGUUACUUGUGUUUAUCUUCAUUUUGGUCAUCCUGACUAUUUUUACAGAUACUUCACCAAUUUUGACUGAAAAAGAAGCUAAACAGAUUCUGAGAACCCGUCGUGAAGAUAGACCAAGAAAAGCUGGUUUCCCUGAUGAGCCAAUGAGGGAACACAUGCUUUACCUCCAGCGCUUGGAGCAGAGAUCAGAAGAACAAUUCCUUGAGCAUUGGUUAAAUCCACACUGCUACCCACAUUGCAACAGGAAUUUAGUUCAUCCAGUCUAAAGGGUUUGUUUUUCCCCCAGUUACUGAUCUCUCCAGGCGCGUUUAAGAGGAAACGGUCUAUGAUUAUGUUAAACAGGACGAGGUUCAUCAGCAUCUGCUAUGUACUAACUAUCAAGCUGAAUGCCUUUGGAAUAUUGAGCAAGCUUAGCAUGUAGCAAGGCUUUCUUUUGUAAUCAUACAUAUUUAAAACAAUUUCAUUGACUCAUGUAGAUCACCAUAAUUUUUCAACCCAUCGGUAAGCGAAUGGUUUGCAUGAAUCUAGGGCUUCUCCUAAGAUUUUAGGAAUGGGGCAGAAUAAGUCACCAACUUGUCUUAGAACAUGUUUAUUUGGGGCACUAUCUUAGUAUAUAUUGAAGCAGGAGGAGGCUUUAAGAGAAAGGAAUAAAUACAAAUGGAAAAUAAAAACAUGAUGAGGCUGCCACCCUUUGGGGUUUUGGAUUAUAGAAUUUGUGCAGUUUUUAUAAUAUUGUAGUG